AUGGUGAACCACAUUGUUGGAGUGUUUCCUGCCGCAGGAGGAAUUGGUGGAAGUACCGUUAAACAUCUCCUGCCACGGCUUCCGUCGUCAAGCCUGGUCUUCAUCGCUCGAAGCCCAGAAAAGCUGAAAUACCAUCCCCUCGGAGAAGCAGUUCUGCGUCGAGCAGACUACGACGACGACGUGAGCCUUCAGCACGCGUUUGAUGGAUUGAAUACGCUUUUCCUUAUAUCUUACGCGUCGGUAGAGCAUGAGCAUCGAUCUGAGCGACACCGUGUUGCGAUUGACCUGGCAAUCCGGAGCGGAGUGAAAUAUAUCUUCUACGGUUCUUUGGGAUUCGGUGGCAAGCCAGAUAAUAACAUGUCCGUCGCCCAUGUCAUGCAAGCGCAUCUAGAUACUGAAAGAUAUCUCGACGAGUGCACUCACCAGCACGAGGGCUUUGGAUACACAGUAAUUCGAGAGGGUCUAUAUUCCGAGUCGUACCCUCUCUAUACGGCUUUCUUUGAUCUUAAACACCCUGUGGAUGAAAUCAUAAUCCCACACGAUGGAUCGGGCCCUGGAAUUGCUUGGGUUAAACGCGAAGAGCUUGGAGAGGGCACGGCGGAGCUUUUGAAGAGAUUUGUGAAGGACCCGGCAAAUUUCGAGUACAAAAACAAAAAGGUUCUCCUAUCAGGAUCCAAGACACUAACGUUAGAGGAGACUGUCGCCAUCCUAGGAAGGAUUGCGAAGCAUCCUGUGCGCAUCCGCCAGGUUUCCGUGGACGAGUAUGCGAAACAGCCUCAGCUCGCACCGAACUUCACCUACCAUGGAGUGGAUCAUUCGAAGGUGUGGGCGACCACAUUUGAGGCCUUCCGGCGUGGAGAGUCGGCUUUCGUUUCCCCUCUCCUUGGAGAGCUACUGGGACGCGAGCCGGAAGAUUUUGAGACAACGAUAUCUAGGUCGUGA